GUUGCAGUUGGUUUUGAAGUUCACAUAGGCUGUGUCAGUGUGUCCCAAUUAUUUUCACAACAGCAACUCUUUAAAAGUUGAAAACGAUUUAAAAGAAAGAAAACUUGAAAUGAAGUCUUUGAUUUUAUUGAUAAAUACUUUUGUCGCUGUGACAUUAACUUUUGCUCAGAAGCAAACUAUUGAUGACAACAAAUAUAGAAAUAUUCCAAUCAUUGCUUUAGAAAAUAAAAUCGAGCAUGAUGGAUCUUUCAGAUAUUCAUUUGAAAAUGGCGAUGGAACCAGAGCUGAACAGAAUGGCGAAUUAAAAUAUGUUGAUAAUGAAAAUGCCGGUGAAGCUGUUCAAGGUGGAUAUUCUUAUCAGGGUGAUGAUGGCAAAGUGUAUUCACUAACUUACACAGCUGAUGAGAAUGGAUACAGACCUGUGGGAGAUUUCUUACCCACCCCACCUCCAAUACCUCCUGCAAUUGCUAGAGCCGUUGAAUACUUGAAAAGCUUGCCGCCACCAAAACAGUAAAGCAGCAGUAAAGUCAUUGAAGAUUUUGUAAAGUUCGAGAAAAAUGUUGCUAGAAAGAGUUGUAAGCUGAUCAUUUUAAAUGUGAAUAAACUUCUCAGAUGAAACAGAAAA